AUGGCAGAGAGACACAGUGGCCGCAACCACCCAGGAUCGGAACAGACAAUGGAAGGCGAUAUCGAAGCAUUGGAAAAGCAGCUGGAAGCCCUGCGAAAUCAGGGGCAAACCGAGCAGGAGCGGAUACGUGAGGUUGAGGACUGGUUUUUUGAGCGGAUCCUCGAGAGAAGGAUCCGCGAGCAGUCACGUCACCAUCACAUUCGACCUCACGAUGGCGGGCAUGAGCGAAAGCCUGCGCGAAGAGAUACUGAAGAAGAUGCAAAGCCUCCAAUCUCACCUCGACUCAUACUUGGAGAGCAGCGGGUGCUGGAAGCCAUGAAUCAACACGAUAUAGCCGUCCAUCAGAAGGUCGUGACUGCGUGGGAAAGCAAACUCGAGCUACUAGGAACAGACAAAGUUGAUUCCCAGAAGCUUGCAGAUAACGACAUGCUUGUCAUGUUCCUGGAGGCUGAGCUCGAAACCAUCCUCGAGCAUAAGACGGCUCAGAAGAAGGAGAUAGAUAGACACCUCCAGAAGGUCAAGGCGACGGAAGACUGGCUCAUGGAGAAGGGCGUCGACAUGAAGAAGCGGAAGUAUCCGGAGAGUUUCAGGCGGGAGGUCUCUCGUGCUCCUCAGACAGAUGGAGUUUGA